AUGGACUACUUAAUGGAUAAAUAUUUGUUCGAACGACUUCCGUUUGAUACGGAUCCGGAGACUAGAAAAAUCUGGGGCCAACGAGCACUUCAUAUGGUUCAAGUGUUUGAUUGGAUUUGCAAGUAUCAAGAUCCAUCGCAAAUCUAUGAGAAUCAUACGUCGUUCUUAUUUGGGGAACUUUUAUUUUUCCUUCUAGCUGCACUCACUUUUGUUCAUGGUAAGUUCAAGAAUCUUCAUUUUUUUCAAAUAAUUAUAUUUAUUUCAGCGUGGAGAAUUGGAACUCGACAUGUUCUCGUUUGGUUCGGUAUCCUGAUUCACGCCUUGAACGUUGAGAAUUUGUGCUAUUGGAUUCCGGAUAUGGAUAAUUUCUGGCAAGCUCAGGGAAUUUUGACAUUCUUCGGCGCUCGUGCUCCACUUUACAUUCUCAUUGGUAUUUAUCAUAUGUUCGAUUAUACUGCAUUUGUGUUGGCUAGCAGGUAACAUUUUUUCUAGAAACAAAAAAAAACCCAGCAUCUUGAAUUUCCAGACUCCAUCUUCCAUGGUGGGCUUAUGGUCCAGCAGUAGGUCUUGGCGCAGUGAUGCUUGAUAUGCCAUACGAUAUAAUGGGAAUCAAGCUUGUCUGGUGGACAUGGCAUGAUACUGACCCGAACAUCUACGAUCGUAUGAACUGGGUUCCAUGGAACUCGUAUUAUUUCCACGCCUCCUUUGCUUGCUCAUUCACCUGGCUUCUUCUUGGAUCAAGACAUCUUUUAGUUGCAAAAGAAUAUGACUGGAAGAAAUUACCAAGAGAGAUUCUUUGCGUUUUCAUCGCUGGAACUGGAGCAUUCUGGUUAGGAACAAUUCAAUUCGCGUUGCUCUAUCAUCCACUUCACGACAUUUUCAAAGUGCAUUCCGAAUAUACCACCACAUUCUUCCUUGCCUUCUACGCAAUCAUUGUGUUCCUCGCUGAUCGUCAAAACAAGAAUCCAGCAGCUAGAACUGGCAACAAAUAUUGGUUUGAUGAACUUGCGUGUGCCAUUGCAAUUGAAUAUUUGUUCUUUAUGAUUGCUGUGAUCGUUUCGGAUCCAUUGAAUAUUAUUAGUGAGGGUUUGCAUCAACCAAUUGGACCAUGCAAUGAGACGCAAAAGGUUCAAACUCCAACAGGUUUGGUGCUUCAGAAGCAAAAGUAUUUCUGUUUGGAAGAUUAUGAUGAGAAAUAUAUUGAUUUUCAUUGUGUACCUGGAGGUGUUCCAAAAGCGGUAAGUGUUCAAAGGAUGAAAUAUCAAACAUUAUAUCUCCAAAAAAUUUUCCAGCAAGAACCAGGCGAGCCUCUCGAAUGGUACGCUGUAUGCGGAACUGAUUACGACAACCGUGCCGAGUACAUCACAAUCAUCUGGGGCAUCUGCUUCCUCUUCUCGUUGAUUUGGUAUCAAGUUGCUGCGCGCUCUGGAGAAACUCCUGUCGAUCCAGUGAAAAUCUACAAACGGAAGAAGGUUGCGGAAAAAUCAACGGAGAACUCGAAAAAGGUUAAAACUCAAUAAUUUUGUUUUCUUUAUAAGUCAUACAUACAUAAACUAAAUCAGUUUUGAAAAAAAAAUUUUGAUAGCAUGUUAUAUUUUCAAUCCCGCAUGAUUUCAGCUUGAAUCCUCCCCUCUGUUGAGUCCAACAAUGUUCAAAAAUCUUUAUCCAUCGCCGCCGCUCAAACCUUCAACACCCAUCAAAUCGACACCAACAUUUGUGGCGCCUAUAACAACUGCACGGCGCCCGGCGGUGGCAACAAUACACACCGAUACACCAUCAAGAAACCUGCGAAAGCGAACAGCAAUCAGCUAUAAAGAACAAAUCUAA